ACAGUGUCAAAAAUGGUGUGUGUUACUAUACUUGGACUUCUCACUUCUACGUUAGUGGUUUCAUCAUCAGGGAAUCCGCUUCACCUGACUGGGUUGCAUUCCUGGCUGAAUGGGCGAAUAGUGGGUGGAGAAGAGACAACAAUCGAGAGAUUUCCAUUUCAAGGAUCUUUUCGAAUGUAUGGCUACCACAGGUGUGGUGCGGUCAUCAUUAAAGCUCAUGUAGCAACCACCGCAGGACAUUGUGUUGACGACCAGGAUACAUGGUACCUUUCUGUCAAAGCUGGAGUUACAGAAUGGGAAGACGAAGGAAUGGAGCUUAAAGUGAAGGAUUACAUCGCUCAUGAAGAUUACAGCAUCCGAACUUUAGAAAGCGACAUUGCGCUCCUGUUUCUGGAGGGAGGAUUUGAAUUUAGUAAUACAAUUCAACCAAUAUAUCUGGCUAGCUAUGGAGAAGAGCUUCAUCCGAGUACGAAGGCUUAUGUCAGUGGUUGGGGUACUAUGAAGGAAAAUGGAAGUGCACUUUCCGAGAAACUACGAUUUGCUGCUGUAACUAUUUGGGAUCAGGAGGAGUGCGAGGAUGCCUAUGAGGGAAUUAAUAAUGUUACUUCUACGAUGAUUUGCGCUGGAGAACCGCAAGGUGGUGUCGACCCUUGUGAAGGAGAUUCUGGUGGUCCAUUAAUUGUAGGAAAUAAACUCUUUGGUACGGUUUCCUGGGGACUAGGAUGUGCUCGGCCAGGAAAACCAAGUGUUUACGUAAAAAUAUCAGCGUUACGAAAGUGGAUUGAUAGUAAAUUACUGGCAGCCAAUGCUAACUGAUCUACGAUAGCGAGGGUAUUGGGUUUAUUAAAACAUGUGUUGUGUCUGUUGGAAAAUAUUUGGUUCGAUGUGUUGAAAUCCAAUUAAAAUAUCUUUUGAAAUAAAGGAACACCACAUGCUAUUAGGUUCAUAAUUGAUAUUUCUAUGGCUUGAUUACCGUAAUAAGGAAUUGAUUGUAAUCAAUACGAUUAGCUUGCUAUCUUGCAGCUUUUCCACUUUAAUUUGGUUUUUACGUUACAUCAAAAUGCC